GUUACGCGAGUGUCUUCUCGGUCUUGUUCAAUCCUUUGAAUUGUCGGUUUUGGAUGGUAACAAUACACUUCGGUUCGAACCCGAAAUAUUUGUGACAAUAAUUGCUGAAUGCUCUAAUUUUGCUUCAAAUGCAAAUAUGGUGCCUUUAUUGAAAAACUUCCCAUUAAUGAAAGUUCUAUUACAAGGUGUCUUGAUGGAUAAUCAAAAUGUAUGUGAUAUUAUGUCCAAUAUAGAAUUAGAGGUCAAGAAUUUUCUGCAAGAAGUCACGAAAUUCCGACAACAGCUUCGUAAGGAAUAUUCACCAGAAUAUGUGAUGGAUAUGGGAACAAAGACUGAUGACGAUUCAGAGUCUACUCCCAAAUUCGAUGAAAAAAAUAUGUGGAAAUUGGGUUUGAGCGGUGCUAAUGUCGCCUUUAGUCUUAAUGUGGGGCUGUUCGCUGAAAGAUUAUUUUCCAACAAUGGACUUUCCUCUAAUGACGGUUUUCCUUCAUUGAUUGUCAUCACAGAUGGUGUUGUCAAAUCAAAUCUUGCGCACAUGUUGGCAGGUGAUGACAUAAUCCAAAAAUUAUGUAAGGAGGGCAUAAGAUGCAAUAUAAUACAAGUUGGCUCUCGUAGGGGAUUAUUUGAUCCUGGUGUUGAUUUUGGAUUGCUACCCGACAAUGAAAUAUUACAAUUUGUUGCCACUGCAACUUCCGGAGUUUUUAUUUUAUCGGAGGAUCGCAGUGAUUUAUCCAGUGCAAAUACACCAAACGAAUCGCGUCAAAUCAAUUUCUUUAAGAAAAUUUUGUUUAUAGAAACAACAUUCUCGAAAAAAAAUCGUUCACGGGAUCGAAACAACCCUGUGCAUAAUGUCAACACUUUUAAUUUUCCAUGGGAUCCGAGAAGUCAGCCGCCUUCCUUUAAACCGAUGACAACACAUUAUAAAGAUUAUUCUUUAAAUCUUGUUGACGUCCCACAGUUAAUAUUUUCUCGAAUACGCCAUGGAUUUAGUAUUGACAGUAUUUCAUUUUUGUCUGGAAAUGGUAAUAAUAAUAACAAGGUAGAUAAAAUUUCUAUUACAAUGUCAAGGCUUUGGUCUCCUAAUGUUUCAAUUCAGUAUAAAAUAAAGGCCAAUUGGCAGGGAGAGCGCAAUGGAAUACUAAAGUUGAAAUCAAAUAGAAUUGAGAUAAAUUUGUUGGCCGAGGCCUUGUCGGCUGCAUACCUUCUCAACUUUCAGACUGGUCGACCAAAUGAUCAGAGUCAUCCGCUCUAUUGGAGAUUUGUGAGUUUGUACAAUUUCCUGAAGACCAUUUGCAUUUCCGAUGAAUAUCUCAAGCAGCAUGUUUAUCAUCGGAUACUCAAAGAAAACCAUAGAUUACACUAUAGACAUGUUACGGGUAAUGUUGUGCCAAUGUCACUUAAUCGAUUUGAAAUGUUGAAGCAGUUGUGGAAAGUGAAAGAAGAACAUUCCAUCAGUUUUUGGUGUGACGAUAUCAGAUUCAAU